UUUGGGUUUAGGGUUUUAGGGCGGCAUGGGCAUUUUCGAAGCCUUCCGGGCGAUCGGCUACAUCAGUGAUGGCGUCCCAUUCGCAGUGCAGCGCAGCGGCGUUGAGACGCUCGUCACGGUGAGCGUCGGCAAGGCGUGGCAGCGAUUCAAUUGCUCGAAGCUACUGCUGGUUUUUGUAGGUCCUCAGCUGGAAAAAUCCAUCAGAGCGUUGGCUUGCUACGAAGGCUUUACGUUUGCAGCCAGUGGAAAGAAUGUAGUGGUUUUCGAUCGAGCACACCAGAUCGCUGUGUGGAAAGCUCACUCGAGCAAAAUUAAAUAUCUCCUGGAAUUCGGCCACUUCAUCUUGAGUUCCGACACUGAAGGACACGUAUGUGUGUGGGACACGGGUAUUCUUUCUACGAAGGGAGACGGUAAACCGAUUGCAGAACUCCAUUUUGGUCGUGGCGUGACAUGCUUGAUGCAUCCACAGACAUACCUUGACAAGGUUCUUUUUGGUUUCGAGGAUGGUCGAUUACAGCUUUGGAAUAUUAAAUCCAGAAAGAUGGUCCAUGAGUUCAAAGGAUGGAACUCUCCCGUUCUUACUUGCGUAUCGUCUCCCGCGCUGGACGUCGUUGGAAUUGGGUGUGGAGAUGGGAAAAUCCAUGUGCACAAUAUCCGAUACGAUGAAACUAUUGCCACUUUUACACAUACUACCAGAGGGGGUGUGACGGCACUUUCGUUCAGGACAGAUGGUCACGCGUUCUUGGCUGCCGGAGGAUCAUCCGGUGCCAUAAGUAUUUGGGACUUGGAAAAGAAGAAACUGCAGACUGUUAUCAACGACGCUCACGACUCAGAAGUAGCGUCUUUGCAUUUUCUAGCUAACGAACCUGUAUUAAUGAGCAACUCAAAGGACAAUUCUUUGAAGAUGUGGAUAUUUGAUUCAUUAGAUGGUGAUGCAAGGCUUCUGCGGUACAGGAGUGGUCACAGCGCUCCACCUACGUGCAUAAGGUACUACGGUGACGGGCGAUGCAUCUUGUCCGGUGGCCAAGACCGUGCUUUCCGCUUAUUUUCGACCAUUCAAGAUCAACAGAGCAGAGAGCUUUCUCAAGGGAAUGUAACCAAGCGCGCUAAAAGGCUAAAGCUAAAGGAAGAAGAAAUAAAGCUCGCACCUAUCGUCGCUUUUGACGCAGCCGAAAUCCGAGAGCGGGACUGGUGCAAUGUCGUCACAUGUCAUCUGGACGAUUGCUCUGCAUAUACCUGGCGUUUACAGAACUUUGUUAUUGGCGAGCAUGUCCUCAAGCCUUGCCCUGAGAAGCCUAGCCCUGUGAAGAUUUGCAGUAUCAGUGCUUGCGGAAAUUUUGUGACGCUUGGUACUGCGUCAGGACACAUUGAGCGGUUUAACUUGCAGUCGGGACUUCACCGUGGUUCAUACCGCGAUGGCACGUUGGCUGAUCAAAGCGCGCAUAGAGGAGCAGUGCAUGGUCUCGCUUCAGAUGCGACGAACGCGUGCCUUUUCAGCGCUGGCUACGAUAAGUUCAUCAAGGUGUGGAACUUCAAGUCCUUGCAGCUAAAAGCCUCUAUUAGUCCCGGCUCUCCGAUAAUAAAAAUGACUUACCACCGUGGGAACGGCCUCGCUGCGGUAUCGUCAGACGACCACGUUAUAAGAUUGUACGACAUGGUGGCAGUGCGGCUGGUUCGAGUUUUCUCGGGCCACACAGACCGGAUCACCGAUUUCACUUUCAGUGAGGAUGGGAAAUGGCUCUUGUCCUCGGCUAUGGAUGCAACUGUAAGAGUAUGGGAUGUGGUUGCAGCAAAGCAACUGGACGCAAUGCGUGUAAAUGCUGCAAUCACGGCCCUCUCUCUAUCACCAGGCAUGGACAUGUUGGCUACAUGUCACGUAAAUCAUAAAGGCAUAUAUCUUUGGGGUAAUCGCUACAUGUACUCUGCUGGAGAUAUUGAACUUGGAAGCGGAAAUGCCGUAAAAGAUGUCGCGCUCCCAUCGUCGACCGGAUCUCGGCCAGAAGAAGACGGGGACAGUAAUCCAGAAAAAGUCUCUCGGGAUAAUAUUGAGUUGCCUGGCCUAGAAGAGAAGUCCGAGCUCCCCAGCACUGCUCAAAUCACUCCAGAGCUGGUAACCUUAUCGCUACUUCCGAAAAACCAGUGGCAAGGUCUUGUGCAUCUUGAUACAGUCAAGGUUCGCAACAAACCGAUAGCAGCGCCUAAAAAACCAGAGAGAGCUCCGUUUUUCUUGCCAACGCUUCCUUCUCUCUCUGGUGUCCCUGCGUUCGCUGCUCCAGACCAAGACUCGCAGAAAACCAAGUCGGUCCGUUUGCAGUCUUUAUCUACUGGAGCGGACACGCCAUCGCAGUUUAUCCAGCUCGUUCACGACUUUGCCAGAGGCGGAGAAUGUCUGGAGCUUUUGGAGCACAUGAAAAGCCUGACAUCGUCAUCUCUCGACGCCGAAAUUCGCUUCUUGCAAAUAGUAGACGAGGAUGCUCCCGAGGAACAGAUCCAGGAUAUCGGUUCGCUCAUCGACUUUCUCAUCAAAGCUACCUCUCUAAACAGAGAUUUCGACUUUGUCCAGGCAGUAAUGCUGCUCGUGCUUCGAAUCCACGGCGAGAGCAUUCUCACUUACUCGCAGCUGCGACACAAAGCAGAGACGCUGCGUCAAGUGCAAAGCUCGACAUGGAAGAGACUAGACGAGCUCCUCCAGAAAAACAGGUGCAUUGUAAGUUUUCUCAGUAACUCCGCGUACUAAAAGCCUUGUAAGCUGGAAAUUUUAUUCAAUAUCAAGCAAGCGAGAAGAUCUUCGCAAUCUCUGUCCAAAAA